ACUGGCACCACGGCCAGUUGCAACAACAAGCUCACUCCUCAAUCUCCUCUCAUGGCCGCAGCACGCAUCUCGAGCAUCUUUGGCGUCGCCAACAGCGCCAUGAGCGCGCUCCACGCCAAGGUCUUGGGCAACGACGCCAAGGACCUGAGUGCCCGGCCGCCAACGCCCGUCGCCUCGCGGUCCGCCACACCGACCGCCACAUCGGCCUACUACAUGUCGUCGGGCUUGACGACCGACCUCAUGGCUCACAUUGUGCAGUACUUGGACGGCGUCGGUGUCGGGCGGCUGCAGCAGACGUGUCAUUCCUGGCACGCGGAACUCGACCGGCACGACGCGCCCGUCUGGCGUCACUUGCUCGCAACGGAAUUUCGCCUCGUGCACCCGCCAUCGACCAUGCCAUCCGUGCUCUCGUACAUUGCUGCGCGCCAAGAUCGUAUCGACAUGGAGCUCCGACACACGCAAAGCAUCGCUGCGCAGAGCUCUGCACUCGAAGCGUACAUGGCCGCCGAGGCCGACCACGGUAUUGUCGAUGUCUUCUGCGACAUGUGCUACUUCGAGGACCCGCGUAUUGGCAUUAUGAUCGCCAAGCAGCGCUUUGGGGCGAUGGCCAUGGUCGUCGUCGAGACGGCCGACCACGUCCGGCGCUUCCGCAAGCGAUCCGCGCACGUGGGUCCGAUCAACUUUGUGCCACUUCAAAAUCCGCACUGGCCGAGCAUCGAGCUGCCAGCUAUUGACGGUGUCGAUGGCUUCCUCGGGUAUGCGUUCGAUCUCGUACAGAUGGCCCCGGGGCACAACGCCGCGCUCAAGGACACGGUCGGCCGCGCGAUUUUGAAAAACAUUGCGGUCUUUGCGACGCGGGCGCACGCCACGUCAUUCCAGAAUGCGAUGCCGGAUCAUGUGCCAACAGUCGCGCUCGACGACCCCGGGGCACCGUUCGAGCUCUCCUUUACGUCGCCCCUGCGCGAGCACUUUGCACAUUACACGACGUGCGACAAGAUCGAUCGGCUACAGCGCCUCCAAGCCGCCUGCGAAACAUCCCACGCCGCCGUCUACGCGCGUCGGUACCCGUAAACUACCUCUUCUAUUGACAAUAACUAUGCUAAACUAUCGCACAAGAUUUAUAAAGUCAA